GCGGUACGAUCACUACUACUAGUCAUGAACGCCACUCCGCUAGCACUCCUUCGAACGACCGUCCGAGCCCGUGAACCGCUCGCCGCCUCCCUCAUCCGGCAGGCUCGAUACCGUUCGUUCGGAACCACCUCGUCUGCAAGGGAAGAACAAUCGACCUCGACAGCGACUCCGAGGAACGCCAUCAAGGAUGCCGAGAGGGCGUUGUCGAGAGCUCAAAAGCUCUCGAAGAUGUCGGGGAUGUCGGGAAUCAGGCAGGAACAGCCUCUACAAGAUAUUGUCGUCCUGCCGCCAUUGAAAAAGAUCGGUUUCAAUGCCGUCAGCGAGAGGCGGAAAUACGUGACUAAACGAAUAAGACGAGGGUUCUACACCGCACAAUCCAUCUCCAAGAUCGUCUCCUCAGACAUCUACUCCAUGAAGACCUACGACCACCCUUACAAGAGGUUCUGGGGCCAGAUCGCCGGGUUCUUUUACCCGCAAAAGGCGGCUUCGGGGUUGUUGAGCCAUUUCAGCAAAGUUUGGGAGGGGUGGAGUCGGGCGAUCGCUAGCGGGGAUAUGGAAAAGCUCAAAGAAUACUCCAAGGGUUCCGCACUCGAAUACGCCAAGAGCCGAGCAUCGGCCGCUUCUUCUUCUACUUCUCACGGAGGACCCAAGAUCGAAUGGGCGGUGAACAAGUACCUCUCUGCCCCUAGGAUCGUACACGCGAGGAAUUGGGUCAUCGACCCGAAGACUCAGGCAGAGGUCGCUCAGGUCAUUGUCAGGUUCGAAACAGAGCAGACCUUGACGAUCCAUCAGCGAAAUAAACCGUCUAGUACCCGGAGCUCGCGGAUAUCCGAAUGUUGGGUGUUUGAGCGAUACCUGAUGGACCCCAUGUCCAAGUGGCAGAUCAGGGACAAGGUCACGCCGUUCACGGGCGGAGAGAUUCCCGAGACGUUGAUCUAAUCGGUCUGAAGAAGCAUGCCUUUUGUAGCUAUAAUCAUGCAUCGCUCGUCACGUUAUACAACCCUCCACGGACAGACCGAAACGCCAGA